GUUUUAGUUUGUUAUAAUUUACGUUUCAAAAUGGUACUGAAGCACUAAAUCACUGCAAUGUCUGGCCACCGUUGAGUCGUAGUAAGAACGCACUUUACAUUACUGGUACUAACCUCAGCACUUACCAUUUCUAUGGCUUACGGAGGGACUGGGGAUUAUGAGUGGGAGGAGGUGGACGAGGAGGACUGGGACGUGGUAUGCAUCGACGAUGAGGCGCAGCAGCCUGGCGUCCCUAAAAACGGCAUUGAGUUUACCCUAGAAGAAACAGACCCUCAGAAACGCAUCCGCCGCGCCAUCACCAAGCGCGAGCGCGAGGCGGCUGCUGCCGUACACCGCUGCCACGUGCUGUGCCUAGUGGGGCGGGCGCUGCUGCUGGACUGGGCGGCGGAGCAGCCGGAGGUGCAGGCCACCGCUCUGUCGGUGCUGCCCCCCUCCGCCUGCCUGCGCAACCACGUGGGGGCGGAGGAGCCGCAGCGAGCC